AUGGCAGCCUUUGCAUCUUCUUCUCUAUCGAACGACGUUGCCGAUGUGAAAGCUGAGGAACCAGAAAAGGCCAAAUAUGAGCCGAAAAAAUUGCAUACAAACGAAGUUGCUUCAUUAUUCGACUUAAAAAGCGAAUACCUCAAGAAGAAAAAUAAUCUGAUCCGAAGUGCUACCGGUGAAAUAUAUCGAUCUGGAAAGAGUAGCGUAUUGGCUGUGAAAAAAGAGGAGAAGACUUCGCUGAAGAAAGAAGCUCAAGAACGAAAAAGGCGCAUCAAUGAGCAUGAGGCGGCAUUACGGAAGGAAGAAGAAGAACGUCUCGCUUUGGUAUCCAAGAAGCUUAAG